AUGUGUUUCGGAAGGAGUGCUCGAUGUGUUGGUUAUCAGUUGCUCAUCCUUGCCUUGCUCAGCAUCGUGGCCAACAUUUUACUGUAUUUCCCCAAUGGUGAAACAAGAUACGCUUCCCAGCAUCGCCUCGGCAGAUACGUGGAGUGCCUUCAUGGCAUUCUAGGGGCAGGCUUUUUGGUACUGAUUCCAGCUGUGGUGUUCAUCAGGCUUCACCACGGGGGCUGCUGUGGCUGCUUUGGCCAUGAGGACUGUGGGAAGAGCUGUGUGGUGCUGUCCUCAGUUCUGGCAGCCUUUGUUGGGAUCCUUGGUUCUGGCUACUGCAUAAUCAUCUCUGCACUGGCCUUGUCUCAUGGACCAUAUUGCUACACUCAGCUGGAAAGAAACUGGAUCUAUCCUUUCACUGAAUCCUCUGGAGGGUACUUGUUUGAGUAUAACAAGUGGUCUGCAUGUCAAGAACCUCACAACAUUGUGCAGUGGAACGUCACCCUCUUCUCCAUCCUCCUUGUCUUGGGAGGAAUAGAGUUCAUUCUGUGCUUCAUACAGAUAAUCAAGGGCAUUCUUGGUGGACUGUGUGGGUUGUGCUGCAGUCACGAGGAGGGUGGCUGGGAGCAGCAAGUGUUGGUUCACCCUUAG